UUAAGCUCUUCCUUAUCUAAGACAUAUACUUAUGGAAGUGUGGAAGUGUGGAAGUGUGUAGACAACGAUGAAUCUCCUUUGCUUGUUGGAUUUGUCUUUGUCCUGAAAAAGGAAGAUUCAAAACAGAGAAUUUUGAUCUUUGAAGUGUAAGAAAAGUAUAUUUGAACCCUAACUUGUCUCUUCAGAACUUGUUCUGUCUUGGCCCCACCCACAGACUUUAUAUACACACUGUUAGCUUCAAAACAGUCGCAUCUCAAAUCCACAAAGUUCAGACAAGCAAUGGGAAGAGGAUCUGUUGCAUUGUUAUUCCUUGUCCUCUUCUUUCUCUGCUUCCCCUUCUCAUCAGAUUCCCAAAAAGUCAAUCCAUCGACGAGCUUACUCAACCAAGAACAAGCCCAUGCAGAAGUUACAAUCAAAUACAUAACAAGAGGAGAAGAUGACAAGAGCAUCGACAUCUUCCAGGCAGCGAAAGGAAGUCAUGGAGUUACAGGUGGAAGAGGCGGAGGCCGGAAAACAUCUCCAAGAAAAGGUAAUGCCUCCAUGGACCAUCGGCCACCGUUGUUCUUCUCCGCUGCCUCCGUUCUAUUUACUGGUUUCAUAAUGUUUUCAUUAACUUCUUUCGACAUGUCAAUAAGAUACUGUUGUACCUUAACAAAUGUAUUAACUUGAGAGUGUAACAUAUGUACUGAAUAUUGCAACUUUGAAAUCUACUGGAAAGGAUAUGGGAUAACACUUGUAUA